AUGAGUUUAGCUACAAAGAUAUCAACUAAAUCUGAUCGACAAAUAUUUCGUCCGCCAUCGAACUUAUCGAUACCAGCUACUGUUGAUUGGCGUAAGAGGGGUGCUGUAACUUCGAUAAUUGAGAGUCAAGGUCAAUGCGCUUCGGAUUGGGCUUAUACAGCAACGACUGCAUUGGAAGGACAACAUUUUCUUAAGACGGGUAAACUGGUACGACUUUCAGCUCAGAAUCUGUUGGAUUGCUCGGGUAAAUUUGGCAAUCAAGGCUGUAAUGGAGGAUUAGUGAAUGCUGCAUUUCAAUANACAGGUCCAGGCCUUUGGACUGAUACUAUAUUUGAUUAUCUUAAUGAAACAUUUAAUAUUAAUAGUUCUACAUUGUCAAAAUUGAACCAGGGUCGACUAAUUGGCGAUGUUUAUUAUUUACCGGUAGCAGCAUUUUCUCCAGUUGCUAUUAGCUUGGGUGCAAAAGGCAGAAAUGAUAAAGAAGCACUUGUUUAUCAUGAUUUUCAAGGAAGUUGGAAACCAAACUUGAUCCAGAAAUUUUUCAAACUGAUACGUUCUCAUAUACUGUAA